AUGGAUUUAACUAUUUCAAACGAACUUACUGGCGAAAUUUACGGCCCAAUUGAAGUCAGUGAAGAUAUGGCCUUGACCGACCUGAUAGCGUUACUGCAAGCUGAUUGUGGUUUUGACAGGACAAAGCACGACUUAUACUUUAAUAUGGAUAUUCUGGAUCCGAACAAAAGUCAAUCUCUGAACGAAUUGGGACUCAAAACUGACGACUUACUAUUGAUUAGAGGCAAGAUCUCUGAUUCCAAUCAGACAGAUACUGCCACUUUAUCCGAUGAAGCGUUCAUAGAGCAGUUUAGACAAGAGCUAUUGAAUAAUCAAAUGCUUAGAUCACAGCUCAUUGUGCAAAUUCCUGCGCUUAGUGAUUUAGUAAACGAUGCACAGUUGUUUAAGGAACGAUUAGGUCCACUCAUUUUACAAAGACGUUAUGGCGGCUACAACGUCGCUAUGAAUCCAUUUGGCAUUCCUCAAGAUGAGUACAAUAGACUAAUGUCCAACCCUGAUGAUCCUGAUAACAGAGAGAGAAUUGCCGAGCUUUUAGACCAACAAGCAAUCGAUGAGCAAUUGCGUAAUGCCAUCGAAUAUACUCCUGAAAUGUUUACUCAAGUCCCUAUGCUUUAUAUUAAUAUUGAAAUAAAUAACUACCCCGUCAAAGCAUUUGUGGAUACUGGCGCCCAGACAACAAUUAUGUCUACUAGAUUAGCAAAGAAAACUGGUUUAUCGAGGAUGAUUGACAAGAGGUUUAUUGGAGAAGCUCGUGGUGUUGGAACUGGCAAAAUUAUUGGAAGAAUUCAUCAAGCCCAAGUCAAAAUAGAAACGCAAUAUAUUCCAUGUAGCUUCACUGUCUUAGAUACUGACAUAGAUGUUUUAAUUGGAUUAGACAUGUUAAAAAGGCAUUUGGCUUGUGUGGACUUGAAAGAAAACAUUCUUAGAAUAGCCGAAGUGGAAACGAAGUUUUUGAGUGAAGGGGAAAUUCCAAAAAGUCUUCAAGAAGAGUUACCAGCACCAAAAUCAGUCGCAACUCCGUCCAAUAAGCCGCUUUUACCCACCAAAACUAGUUCAAGUUUAAUGCCACAGCCUGGAGCUGUUCCGGCGGUUGCUCCAAGAACAGGUAAGAGUCAGGCACCUAGUGAGGGAAGAACAUCUGGUGUUACAACUACGGCGGCGGGAACGUUCCCGGAACAAACAAUCAAGCAGCUUAUGGACUUGGGAUUUCCUCGGGAUACUGUUGUUAAGGCUCUAAAGCAAACUGGUGGAAAUGCAGAGUUUGCGGCAUCGCUUCUUUUUCAGUGA